UGUACAUUGCGGAACCGCAAAUAAUAAAAAAGGAGGAUACCUUGAACAUAGCUACAUGAAUUGUACAUGUACGUACAUGAUUGCAAGAUAUGCGAGCUGAUUAAUAAUUGAUAUAGCAUCAAGAUGUCCAGCCGACUCGUCGAAUACUUUAUAGUGGCCGGCGUUCCUGCUGAUAGGAGAAAGAGGCGACCCACUGACAACCCAGCACAGUCUACAGACAGCACAGCAGUUCUGCUCCAUGAUUCCCGUGACUACCAUCCCCAGCAGCUACCUGACCUGCAAGUGACGGGGGUGGUGCUGCAACGCUUCCCAACAGUCGACAGAAAGGAAGCCGCUUUGCCCGGGGGCAUUGAAUUGUUCUGUUGUCCACAAGGAUGGCAUCUGACACACAACCCACAACCUCCCUGGUUCAUUGACUUCAUCUUGACAGCCGAGAACGGAAGUCGUCUCUUCUGCAGUUGCCUCAACUUUCACCAGGUCACAAAGCAAGAGCCCCCCCAGUUCCUGUCCGCAUCGACAGAGAACCUGAUUGACUCCCCAGUGACUGCCAGGAAGAGGAGUCUCAUGAAGUGGAAGAAAUCUCCACAGCAUGGAGAUCACCUGGAUGAGGAGCUGGAGGCCAACCUGACAGCUGAAGAUGUGCUCUCCCCCCUGGAGCUGUACGAACCUAUUUCACUCUGUAUCAUCUCCAAACAACCACUCUUCCAUAUACUCAAGGCUUGUCUCAAGUCGGUGUACAUCAGCUGGCUGUCUGCCGUGCAGCUGGAGCCACUGGUGGUGGAGUUGCUCACCUCAAUGCACAUCCCAGCCAUCAACUGUCUCCCUGUCAAGAAAAGUUUUGGAGCCCUAACUCACCUGACCUUGCCUCCCAUCCACGAGUGUUCCUCCAUUCCCUACACUGCCACCGCCACCCUGGACCUGCUCAGAAAUAUAGGAGUCCACAAUCUAUUGCAACUAAUGUCUGCUGUGUUGAGUGAUGUCAGCAUUCUGUUCAUCUCCUCUUCCUACACUGCUCUCACCGGGGCAACCAGGGCUCUCUCUGCCAUCAUACACCCUCUGCAGUUAUCGCACUCUCUGGUUCCAGUGGUGCCAGCUGACUUGUUGGAGUAUGUACACCUGCCGUCCACGUACAUCAUGGGUGUCCACACCUCACACAGGGGACUCAUUGACGAGCAGGCAGGACUGGAUGUUGUGGAGGUUCAUCUAGACCAUGGUCAUGUCCAAGUGCCUUCGAGUAUGACUCUCCCCUCUCUCCCACGGGAGCUACUGAGCCAGAUCCAGUGGGCCCUAACCAGAGUCCUCCAUCCACACAACCCCAUAAAGGACUACGUGUUCCGAGGGGUACCUGAACACGAGGGUCAGAUCGGGUGCAAGUCAGACGAGAUGAAAGAUUGUGAAGUGAGAGCCGUGUUCCUGUGUCUCUUCAUGGUGUUGCUAGGAGACUAUCAGCAUUACGUCACUGUCAUCAGGUUCUUCCCAAUGCCCCAGUUCUAUUUCAAUAUGAGCUCGUUUCUGGAAGCCAGACACAGCACUGGUGACUUCCAGAGCCUCAUUCACAAGCUGACAGAGAGCAUAGCAUUCCUCAACUUCUGUCAUGACCGCUCCAUACCUCAUCGUCUCUGUGACUUUUUUGACGAGCUGGUGGCCCGAUACGUGGCCAGUCCAGAGGACUUUAACUCUGACACACUGUUCACACCAUUCCGUAUCCAGGAGGUGGCUGAGGAGAUCAUCCACAUGCAUCCCCCGUGUUCUCCUGAGGAGUCAUCGUUCUCCACCCACGGCUUGAGUGCCUCCACGCUGGACCAUCCCCCCAAAUCAUUCCCCUCCCUCAAAGAGGAGACUAUUGCCGCCUCUCUCAGGGACCACAAGGAGGAGAUAAAGGAGGAAAGCAACGAACAGAGCAGUUUCACUGCUAAAUGCAAAAUCCCCCUCCUUGAGAACACACCCCCUCACAAGCCUCUUAGCUCCAAUUUCAACAGGCACCUGGAGACACUACAGAAAUGUCUGGAUGCCAUCUUCCACAGCAAGAUCAUAGAGGCUCGCAAGUACAUACCCAGCGUAAUGAAGGACCUUAAGACGGGCGUACUAGCACAUGUGCUUGUACCGGAGUUAGUCGAGCGAUUCCUACAAUUUAGUGCUCUGUUGAGCUCGGAGCAGUUUGAUCUGGUGGUGAAGCUGCUCAACAGUGCUCUUAUAGACUCUCAGUCAGCACUUCUGCUACUGCCACUCACUACCAUCAUCUACAGAGAGGUCCACCCUGGUGUGCAGCAGUACGCGUCGACGUGUCUGCAAAACCACUGUGUGUGGAGCCAGCUGGAGUUCUGGAGGGACGCCCUGUACACGGCCAUUCAGGCAGAACUGGUCAGGAUCUACACUGACGCUGAGCUAUCCAACAUGAGCAAUGGGCGGAUGAUCAGCAACACUGUCGAUGGUGUGUAUCCAAUUCGGGAGACCUCCCCAGAACCAACUGGUGUUGGAGAGAUCACCCUCAAAUCACGCCAGCGUCUACGGAGCUCGUCACCACGGCGACUGAGAGCCACGCUGAAGGCAACUCAACGACUGAUCCUCUCACGCAGUGCCCGCACUCGUAUCAGAACUAGCACGGCUGUACCCGGGAUCAGUGAGGGAGUGCUGCCCCCUGAUGCAGAGCCCGUGACCGGCCUGGAGGCCCUGCAUCACCUGGCCAAAAUGUCUGAGCUAUGGCCGAUGCUGAGUGAGGAGAAGAGGACAGUGCUGAUACGACAGGAGGAGAACGCCAUCAUGAACCAACUCAUUCUCUUCGUACAGAGGAUCAUCAAUCUCAGGACGCCAGUGGAGUUCCAGGAAGGUGAUAAAGAGUCUCACAUCAGUGGCUUGGAGGAGUUCAUAGCCAAGCUCAUUCGAAUGGUGGAGGUGGACCUGCAGUUCUAUGGAGCUAAGCAAGGCAACAUACAGGAGCAGACUAGAGAUAUGAUCCUGAUGCACGUUGACUCCAUGGCUGGACUGAGGAAGGAGCUGAAGAGACUUCCCAUCAGCAAGCCGCUUGUGAUCAAACCACCCCUCCUCCCUGGAGAGCUCCUCCUACUAGAGCAGGGGGUCCACGCCUUCCUCCUCCCUGAUGGCAGAGACAACAACCAUCUCACUCCUUCUGAUGGACAGGUCUUCCUCACUAGCUACAGGCUCAUCUUCAUAGGCACACCCUGCGACGUGCAAGCCCCUAACCUGGUGGUGACUCGUAGCAUGCCCAUCUCCUCCAUAAUCCGCCUCAAGAAGUUGGGUCCCUCGAUCAUCCCCCUCAUCAACACCAGCACUGUGGGGGGUCUGCAGAUAAGGUCCACCACCUCUGAGCUGUUGAGGAUUGGUUUCGACGAGGAAACAAGUCAAAUGGAUACCAAGAACCUACACCAACAAAUUGAGAACCUUCGCUACCCGUCCAAGAUCACGCUGGGUUUAAAACCAAACCUCUCCCCUGGUCUCAAUGCAGAGGUUUCACUCUCACUCACCGUGUCCCACCAAGUGGAUAGAAAAUCUGGUGUCCCUGUCAUCAACUCGUUGGACGAGCUUCAUAUUCACACUGGAGGGCAGCUCUCCAAGAAUAAGAACAGCGUACGUCUGAAAAACAUUGGUGUGGCCAACAACAGCUCGGCAAGUGAUGCAGCUGAUCCAGUGUCUCGUGUGAAGCUCCUCUCUGACCUCGCCCGCUCUCCCUGUUGUGUGGAGUACUCUCGUCUGAAUCUUGGCUCACUGGUGUUCACUUCUGGAGCGGCCAAGAAAGAACCCUGGAAGGUGGCUGAUAUCAACAUAUCGUACACUGUCUGUCAAAGCUACCCUGCUGCCGUGGUGGUUCCGGACAAAGUGACAGAUGAGUCCCUCGCAAAGCUGGCCUCUCAAUUCCAACACAACAGGUUCCCCGUCGUCACCUGGAAACAUCCACGGAAACAAGCCGUACUGUUACGCUCGAGCUCAUUCGUGCCCUCAAGCAUCUCCAAGAAAUCCGUAUCUGCCAGUGCUCUCUCAGCCGUCUUCCACACCAGCAAGCCCGUCGAUCAGUUUGUGCACACUGGCGGUGUGGGACUGUACAACAACGAGGUGGAGCAGUAUCUGUACAAUUUCAUCGUCGUCGAGAAAGGGGAAGCCCCUUCGUCUGAUCUAAUUAGCCACCUCUCUAUCCCGCCGCAGAGGAUAGAAUUCGAGAGAGACUGGAGAAGAGAUUCAAUACGAAGCUCACGGAGCAACGAUAGCGAUAGUGUCGACGGUAAAGACAACGAUAAACCUCGUGGUAGGGCCAUGACAGUGGACGGGUUCCAGUUACGUUCUCGGAUUGGCAGUAUUGUCUCUCAACUCCUUCCAACCAGAAAGCACAUCAGACAUCGAGACAGUCCGUCCAUUGGCCGUAGAUACUCGAUCAACAAGAAGCAGCAAUCAUCGCCUAUAUUCAAUCGAAAGUCUGUCCUUGAGAUUCAAGAGUCGUACUCUAAGAUAUGUAUCCCUCAAGGUACCCUAGAGAGACAACCAAGGAACGAAACAGAUGGUGUUAGACUAAGUGGUAGUCUGGAGAAACUUGAUGAGGGUUCCAAGUCAGCGUCCAGCUCUCCUAAACUGUCCACUGCUAGGGGACGGAGGAAGUUGGAUCACAGACGAUCCCACUCCAGUGGUCAGCUGAUUGACCUGCAACUAUCCGAUAUUGACCUGUCCCUGAAGGAUGGGCCCACCUCCCCCAACCGACCAAUGAGUCCCAUUGACUGGGAGGCCAUUGGACACAAUCGCACAGAUGAUGAGUCUAAGGAUGACCCGAUCUCUCGGCCCACCACCUCCACACCUGACGAUGAGGGGGAUGGUAGCUCACCAGAGCUAGGUGGCGAGAGGCUAGACAUGCAAUGGGACCACUACAACAGAACACCAUCGGCUAGUCGAGAUAAAGCAGGAGCUGCUCCGAGCUACAGUUCCCCCGGGACCUUCUCCACUCUCCCCACUAACCCUCGUGACUGGGUGGUGAUGGACGUGCUACCAAACCAGCUCUCUCUCUGGCAGGCCAAGGCCCUCUACAUAGUCGGGGACAGGGCUCUGCUCCAGGAUGUGCCUGACAGCCUCUAUCCAAGCUGCACGCUAGUACCAGUCGACGUUCCCCUGCCGAGUGAGAUUAGCACCAGCUACAAGAAGAUGAUGCGUGCGUGUGCACCAAGCACCGGAGGGGGCUCUGGCUUCAUGACUGGUGUAGAAGAGAGUGGAUGGAUGAGCCAACUGUCUCGACUCCUGCAGCUGGCAGGGGCUGUGGCGGACCUCAUGGAUGUACAAGGCUCCUCUGUACUCGUCUGUCUAGAGGAUGGCUGGGACAACACUGCUCAGGUGGUGUCGCUGGCUCAGGUGCUACUGGACCCCCACUACCGUACACUGGACGGAUUCAAGUGCCUCGUGGAGAAGGACUGGCUAUCAUUCGGACACAAGUUCUCACAGAAGGGAAACCACACCUCCUCAUCAACUAUCCAUGACUUCAGCCCUGUCUUCUUGCAGUUCUUGGACGCUGUGCAUCAGGUUCUUCGUCAGUUCCCCUUAUCGUUUGAAUUCAACGACUUCUAUCUGCGCAUGUUGGCCUACCACCAUUGCUCCAUGCGGUUCCACACCUUCACACUCAACUCAGAGAAGGAGCGAUACCUCAACAACUGGUUGCCAUACCGACAGCGGGUGGCGACCCUCCAUGGAGUGAAUAGUGACAAGGAGGACCACGUCUCCUACUGGGACUAUAUCGACAGACUGCAUUGCGACUCCAUGCUCUUCUACAACUUCAAGUACCAGCUCUCAGACAACACAGAGCCUCUGCGACCUUUCUCCUUCCAAGCCAACCUGGACAUCUGGUGCUACUAUCUGGACAACUUCACGACCCAGUUCCCCCCCUACGACACGGAGCUCAUUAGCGACGGCCCACUCACUCUCCUGGACUUUCAUCACAAUGUCUUCGAGAAGGAGAAGGCUGAGGUGGGGAUUCCCCUGGCACCCCCCGGCUCUGUUAUGAGCGAGAUCAGCACUCUGUUGCGGCAGUUCACAGGUCUGAUGAAUGCAAGCUUCAAUGCCCGGAAGCUUGCUAAGGAGCAUCCUAUACGCAAAACGUGGAAGGAAUUGUGGGAUGGUGUACAGCAGAUGACACCUGCCCAACCUUCUCUGAUUUCCUCGGAAAACAAGUUUUUGGUGACCCAUGGUCAGAUUCUGCACAAAAGGACAACAAUGGCCGUUCUCAUUAAGAGCAAACUCUCCCAGUCCUUGGAGCAACAAUUCACCCACCCUCAUCAGUUUGAACACUGCCCCAAGAUUGACGCCCCCAAGGAGUGUGCCUUCUGCAAACACCAGAUACUGACUGGCGAAAAACAAGCCUUCAAGUGCAAGAGCUGUGGCUACAUGUGUCACAGCCAUUGCCGAUCAGUAAUGCCUUACAACUGUGGACAGACAUCGCUACUGACGACUCAACACAGAGUGAGUGAUGUUCCUCAUGAUGACCCAGGAUGGGGUGCACCCUCGCCCUUCCUCCCCCAAACAGCAGAGGAGCCAGAGGUCAGUGAGGGUUGGCUCUACAAGAGAGGUAAGAUCGUCCGGAAUUGGAAACUUCGCUGGUUCUUGUUGGACACAGACAGGAAAGAGAUACGAUAUUACGACUCUAAGCAGGAGACCCGGUCUAACGGAGUCAUCAGCUUGACGGAUAUUCUCUCAGUCAAUGAAGCUGAGCCUCAGGUGGUGCCAGCCCUCAAGCCCGGGGAGGCAGGAUUCUUUUUCAAUGUGGCCACUCACAAACGGAUCUACCAUUUGAUGGCAUUGAGAGACUCUGAGAGAACUGAAUGGACUGCUAAAAUUGAGGCUGUUAGAAAAUUGUAGUUUUGUCUGUGUAAAUUACUUUAAUAGUUUGUGCAUAGGUAGAUCUACGUACGUUGUAUACAACUUUUAUUCUGAA